AUGAAUCCGGUUUCUCAAGAAGAGGCGCCUCACGAGCACCAAAAGGAGACGUGGGUGAGCAGCGCUCCUAAAUCAGCUCAACUUGUGAAACCUUGCUGUACGCCAAGGGAUGGAGCUAUUCCUAUUACUAUCCCCGUAUACAGUCCCGUUUAUCACGGUACCCAAGUUCUUUCAGGGACUCCGGGAAUCAUUCCUCAACAACAGCAUGUAUUCGCUUCGCCUUUUGGAACAAACCAACAAUUAUGUCAAGGCGUACAAGUAAUGCAAAAGGAGCCUCUCUAUCAGAUUCAAUCGAAACUAUUCAACGACCAACCACACGGUUUCGUUGCUGAUCAACCCGUAAACGUCACGCACUACGUUUGGAAACAGACAUCUGAGCAGCCAACGCAACCACAACAGUCAGCACAGCCGGAACCGCUUAAACAUCAGGGAACUUUUGCUAAGCUGAGGACACUCUUUAACUGGCAAGAUUCUAAUGCAUCCGAAGAAUACGUUCAAAAGCUAGAGGAUGCCAAUGACACAACAGUACACGUCACUGGGCAUCAAACUGAACAAGGCAAUGUUGAGCCAAUCCAAAAGACGAAACGACAACCCAUAUGUGGUGUAUUUAACUCGUGUUGCAUGAACACCGGUGAGGUGCCUGGUUACGAGAACGCAUCUGGAACUAUUUCUCACGCCAACACUUUGGUUAGAGAAAGCAGUCUAGUAUCUGGAAUGUCAAAUGCUACACAUAUAGUCAUGCCGUCCAGGGGUGGAUCAAUUCAAAGCAACGUUAGCGUGCCAAUCGGAUCGCAAAAAAACGAUUCUCCUAGAGCAAAUGUUGUUUCGAAUGCUGGAAUGGUUUCGCAGGGCAGUAUUAAUGCGACCCAUAGAAUAACGCCACAAGAAAGCAUCAAUUCCCAACGUGUCGUUGUUCCGCAAGCAAGUAUGUGCGUGCAACAUGGUUUGGUUCCACAAGAGGGCAUAAUCACGCACAACGGAAUGGUACCUCAGGGCAGCAUUGUUCAUCAGACAUCAAUUCCAACACAUGCCGCAAAUAGUGUUUGCCAGGUUAACAAUCUUCAGAACAACGAAACGGUUAAUACGGGUGCUCCAUUAUGCUUUAGCAUGUGUUAUCCGAGGACCAUUUCGAAUCACGCAGAAACUGUGGUGCCGAUGACGUCGAUACAGAGUCAAGCUUCAAUUCCGGUUGGGUCAUCGGAUGUCAGCUGCUUUGGUUCGUGUUUUGGUCAGAACUCUGCAAAUGGCCUUACUUCGUAUGCUACCCAGGGAUCGUUCGGGUUGCGGAAUAUGUUCACAAUGAAUCCAUUGUUUGCUCAAAGAGCAAUGAGCACUGCUGCGGUACCUGUGGAUGGUAUCUCGAGGCAGGUUUCAACAAUAAGCCUGCAACCUAUACAUGAUGCUACUGGGGGGGUGCACACUGCUAGCAGUCAGUUGUUGUCUCAACCACUUCUUAUACAGGAACCUACAGUAUAUGAAACACAGAAUCCGGUGCAGAAGAAGUGUGCCAUGAAGCCGAAGACUUUCAAGCUACAUGCAGUUGAAAUUCAUCAGUUUGUACCUAUGCCGACCACUCCAACCUCGAAGUUCGUCCAGUCGGUGUCUGGGAUGAACCAAAUGGGUACACCCGUUUUUCAACACGGUUUGGGCAUUCAGCACCCCAACUGCUUUUUCAACCCUAACACCACUGGACAUGUGGCACCCGUCAUGAGGGACGUGAUGGAAGGCGUUGCCAACCCCAAAAUACCACACAUGUACUCAAUGGAUUCGGAGCGCUCCCAUCAAGUGGUUCGCCUACAGACUGAUGAAUCAAAAAUUACCCCAAGAGAGGAUGCCGACGCAGUCAGCGAACAGCACAAAGAGCACGUUGUAGAGCCCCAGGGGGAGCAGAAUUAA